UGCCCAAAACUUUUCUCUUCCAAUAUGCCACCAGAGCUUGUACGUGAGAACAUGGCAGCUACAUAUCACAAUGCCCUCCCAUCUCUUGAAUAUCUCUUUAUUGCUGCCUGUGGAAUAACGGGGAAGUGGCUAUCUUUGAUACUGCAAUAUGCGCAGGCCUUACAGGACUUAGAUUUAUAUGAGUGCGAGCAGAUAACAGGGCUAUCGAUAGGAGAGGAAGAAAGCAGUCAACCAAAUCUUAUGUCAACUCCAGAAACUUUGUCAUUAGGACAUCAAGGUGACUCGCCAACAAGCUCAGCUCGAGAUGGACUUGUGCGCAUUCCGUUAAAUCUCAUCUCCUCUCUGAAGCACAUAUAUAUUGGUGACUGCCCUGGUCUAACAUAUAAUGGGAACGAUGAAGGUUUCGCUAAACUCACCUCCCUUGAGAGUCUACGAAUUAUGAAUGGCGCCAAGCUACUCUCGUCCUUGGUGCAUGGUAAUGGAUACGAUGAGCGGAAGAACAUAAAGCUCAUCCCACUAUCACUUGAAGUACUGGAGCUCAGAGGUUAUGAUUUACCAGAAGAAGUGGUGCCUGAUUUUCUAAGGAACCCCAUCCGCCUCAAAAAAUUAUCUGUUAUGGACACUUUAAGUUUAAAAUAUCUACAGUUGCAAUCCUGCACGGCACUCGAAGAGUUGGAGAUUGUAAACUGUGAAUCGCUUGCCACACUAGAGGGUUUGCAAUCCCUGCGAAGCCUCAAGAAUUUGAUUAUAUGGGGAUGCCCCAUCUUGCCACAAUGGUUGUGGAGUUCAUUAGAGCAGGUCCAGGAGCUUUUGCCUCGACUGGAAAGGCUCAAGAUCCAAGACGCCUCUGUCCUUACCACAUCUUUCUGCAAGCACCUCACCUCCCUCCAACGCCUAACGCUUUUCGCUUGCAACUGGGAAUUGGUGAGACAAACAGAUGAGCAAGACAUCGCGCUUCAGCUCCUCACAUCCCUGCAAGAGCUCUCAUUUACGUGUUGCCGCAACCUCGGAGAUUUUCCCGUUGAUCUGUACAGCCUUCCCUCACUCAAGAGGUUGAAUAUCUAUUAUUGUAAGGACAUCUCGAGGCUGCCUGAAAAGGGCCUCCCACCUUCUCUAGAAGAACUGGAUAUCAAUGAUUGCAGUGAAGAGCUAAAUGACCAGUGCAGAAUGCUUCCAAGCAAGCUGAAGGUCAAAAUCAAUCAGAAAUAUGUGAAUUGAUUACUGGAUGGCUUGAUAACAUGAUGGAAUAGUUCUAUCUUCCAUCAUGCUAUCUUCAGACUUGACGUGUGCUUAGUGUCAGUAUUGAACUAAGCAUUCUGUGUUCAGGCAUUCAAGCUGCUAUACCUAUCACUACCGCAGUGACCGCUUUGAAUUGGAGUACCAUAUAACUACAAGCUGCUUUACUUGGAGGUUAAGAUGAUCCACGGUAUAAAAGGGACCCCCCGGAAGGGUCGCAAGGCAUCGAAUCUUAUUGCCAACACACCCACACAGCCUACAAAGCCGAAGUACGCGGAGCCAACUCACCGGGAGGUCUUGUUGAAUACAUCGACUACGAUCUCGUCGAUACCAUCGAUUUCGUCUACUUCCAUUGUAAUCUGUGAUUUUCCAUCAUCAAUCCCAUAUAAACUGGACUAGGGCUAUUACCUGACAAGGGGCCUGAACCAGUAUAAUCUCUGUCUUCUGUUUGCUUGAUGUCGUAUUACGUAGAUCCUCGUUGCAACGUACCCCAAUACCCUAAUUAUCCGGUCUACGAGUAUCACUCGUCGACAGAAGUGUUCUAACUUCUUGGCGUCCCUGUGUUCUCCUGUGGAUUAAUUAUCGCAGAGCUAGCUGGCUUUGGUUAAC